UCACGGUCGCCCAGUUUUUUGGCCAUUUUUUUUGUGAUCCGACGAACUUUCUUGGGCGUCGUCGCGAUUUGGCACCCGCUCGGUUCUCGUUCCCCCAUUUUCUUUGCUUCUUUCACUUAAAGGCUCUAUAUCUCCUGCUAAUCCAUGGAUUCGUAGCUGGAGUUUCUGAUCUAUCCAGUAUUUGAUCUUGGAGUUCGGUGUCUCCUCGUAUUCUGGAUCGCUUAUUGAUUUAGGUUAUUCUUGUGUAGAAUCGCUGUUUCGUUUACUGUUCUCGUGUGCUAAGUAAGGAGAAGUUAUGCCAGUCCUAUUCGUUCAUGAGGAGUCCCUAGACAUGUAUGACCACGUUGAAAGCAAGUGAUUUUCUUCCAUAUAUGGAGCUGGAGAGUAAUCCUGAAUACUUUUGGCUUUCCUUUGAUGUAUAGAGCUGAUUUGUCCUGUUUACUGCGAUCGAAAGGCGUGGCCUUUGAUGCUUUUUUCAUGUAGAAAAUCACUUGGGUCAGUUUUCUAGAUGCCAAAAGCUGCUUGUGAAUGGUCAAGUUAAUUCUUUUAUCGUGCUGGUGCUCGAGGUGCUCAAAUAGCUUUGCAAAUAUUUGGGUGACAGAUUCUCCCUGCUGCGCAAGUGAAAUUUUACUUGGUGUUACGUGAAGUUAGGAGGAGUAGCUAUUCUUUUAAGCGUGGAAAGCAAAGUGUUGCACCUUAUGUACAAGGUCACAGACAUCAAUGAUUUGUAAUUAGUUCCUGUCAAGAAUCAAGCAGCUACUCUGUGUUGCUUCCAUCAGAUUUCACAUAAAUACAUGAGAUGGGUGCUCUUUGUUGUGUACCUGUUGGGCCACAUGGACCGAAAUCUAAUACAUCUGGAAGAGAUUGUUCCAUUGAUCCAAGUGAACCUCACUGGCGGACCAAUUCAAGCUACUCACCCCAUUUGUCAAGGAGAUGGGACUGCAGUUCUCAGUCGGAUGAAUUAUCUAAUAGAGUUCAUGAAGUUCCUAUUAGUGGAUCUUCAAUGUCUUUGCAUAGUAAUGUCAGACAUAUUGGGAGCAGUGACCUAAAUCAUCACCAUUCUGUGUCUGAUGGGGCACUAUCUUAUUCAGAGAGCCCAUCUGACUAUCUCCAGGCACGUCGAUGGACACCAUGUGUGCACAGAUAUGAUCUUGGGGAGUUCUCUACACCUGCAGGAGGUGCAAGGCCUGAAGCUUCUGUCUUUUCCAGGGGCAGUGAGGGAGGUUUCUCUGCUGGGAACAGUAUCGGUUCUCCAUUUUCACCAUUAGAAUCUAGUAGAUGGGCAUCCACCAGCAAGCAGCCAGCCUUCUUUCCCCGACACCUUCCCAGCAGGCGUUCAUUCAUGUCAAAACCCAUUUAUCCACUCAUGUUUCAGAAUCCUGUUUCGGAGGCUGAUGCUUCUGGGAUGGCUGAAGCAAGUACCAGUGGUUCGAGAAUGCCACGUGAAGAUAGUGGGGCUUCGCCCAUGUGGACUGAGAGAAUUUUGAGUUCUGAGCUUAAGUUCCAGAGGGCCCUAACCGACCUUCGAAAGAUGGAGGCUUCACCAGACCUCAGCAUGAGUUCGAGGAGGGAAGGAUUUAGAUGGAGUAAUGCAAGCAGCUAUGAUUUUAGGUUUGAUGGAGACAAUGUUGAUAUCGCAGACACCAUCAACGUCGAGAACCACAGAUGCCCUAGUACCUCAAGAUACCAAAAAUGUGAACUGUGCAAGAGGUCACUGUACCAGAAGUCUCCGUGGAGUUCUAACCGGAUUGUUAGAAGCACCGAUAUGCCAGUUGCUGGCAUACUACCAUGCCACCAUGUUUUCCAUGCAGAUUGUUUGGAGGAGACCACUCCAAAGAGUCAAAUUCACGACCCUCCAUGCCCAGUAUGUCUGAAAGCUGUUGGAAAAGAACAAUCUACAUCCAUCUCGGAACCGCUUCAUGUGGCUUUGAGGUCUGCUUGCAGCAGUCAGGGUGCAGGAGCGUCCACCGGUGCAGGUACUAGUGGCCACUCUAUCUCACAUCAGAUCGAGAAUGACUUGAGACGAAGCAGCUCUCUUGCGACCUCACAAAGGAGAGGUUCAUUGUCGAGGAAUCACAGCAAGAAGCGAUUUUCCUUCAAAGGUAAGAUAGGAAUGGAUCUCCUGGGGGCCAAAAUGUUCAGGACUGGUCAUUGACAACAGCAACCAAUUCUAGACUGCAUAGAUCAUUGAGUUGCAGGUCAGUGUUCCUAUCUCCAUUUUGUGGGUUUGUGGUUGAUGUCCAUGUACAUUAUUACGAACAUAGAAAUCUUGGGAGUCCAAAUUUGAGGGCAUGCCACACACAGUUAAAUGACCAGUGUCACCCUUUCGCUCUGCUGCCACAGCUAUGGACUGUUCAUGUGCUUCCACCUGAAACAUCACUGCUGUGUAUGCUUUCUGUUGUAUCAGGAACUUAAUAACUGCAUGAACAAAGAAGAAUUAGAUGACUCGAUCUAUCA